AUGGCGGGCCCGAAUCUGGAGCUGUUCAAGUUCGGCAUGUACCUCUUCUUCCCACUCGCCGUCAUGGUGCACUAUGGCGAUCCCGAGUGGUACCACCGCAACGUGCUGCCCAUUCGCGACCAGUUCUGGCCCAAGGAGGAAUCGCUCUAUCGACCGCCCCGCACGUCGGACGAUGUCAGGACGGCGCUCGACGAGAUGAAGCAAAAACGUCUCGCGCGUCGCGAGGAGCGUCUCAAACUCGACCAAGCCCAAUCAUCCCACAGAGAAGCAAGCGAACCCAAGGUGGUCAGCAUGCUCAAGGAUGCCGCCCAGACGAAUGAGCGUCUCGUAUAG